CGGCCCUUCAUGGUACGGACCGUGUAUACCGAACAAGCAAUAAUCGUCGCUGGCAUUCGACGCAGUGCAUUAGUCAGCGUUAGUUCGGAAUUUCGAGUUGCAAACGGAAGCGCAAAUCACGAGACGUACAAGACGAAAAGACUUUGAGAGUCGGGCCCACGCGCGUCACACACGCGAGAACUCUUUUUUUUCCCCCCGUAGCGCGAACGGCGAGCUUGACAGAGCGGUAGAAGAGGAAAAAGCGCAGCAUCGCAUCGCGAACGGCUACGGUGCCCCGACGCAGUCACUGGCGCUGCGAGAAGUCGAGACGAAAUCCAUUGACAUUGGGGGAAGAACGGCCAUUUUGGCGUGUUGUCUCCCACCGAUCCGAGUGCUCGAGGCGCACACACACGGUAUCGACGUCCAUCCGUUUUCGAGAAAAAAUACUGCAAUAUUUCCAGAAUGAUGAUCGAAACGCAUAUAAACUCUAAUCACAUGUUGAAUUCUGGUUUAUCUAACAAAUCGGAAAUAGAUAAAAUGGAUGAUGUAGGUUGGAAAGCCAAAUUAAAAAUUCCACCAAAGGAUAAGAGAAUUAAAACAAGUGAUGUUACUGACACACGUGGUAACGAAUUUGAAGAAUUUUGCCUAAAACGCGAGUUAUUAAUGGGGAUUUUUGAGAAGGGAUGGGAGAAACCAUCACCAAUCCAAGAAGCUAGUAUUCCCAUUGCACUUUCUGGUAAAGACAUCUUGGCACGAGCAAAAAAUGGAACUGGCAAAACUGGAGCAUAUUCAAUUCCAGUGUUGGAACAAGUUGAUCCAAGGAGAGAAGUAAUUCAAGCAUUGGUGAUUGUACCUACAAGAGAAUUAGCAUUACAAACAUCACAAAUUUGUAUCGAGCUUGCAAAACACAUGGAUAUAAAGGUUAUGGUCACCACUGGAGGAACUAACUUACGCGACGACAUUAUGAGGAUUUAUCAAAAAGUACAAGUAAUAAUUGCAACGCCAGGAAGGAUUCUUGAUCUAAUGGAUAAGAAUGUGGCAAAUAUGGAGCAUUGUAAAAUUUUAGUUUUAGAUGAAGCAGACAAACUGCUGUCACAAGACUUCAAAGGAAUGUUGGAUCAUGUCAUAUCAAGAUUGCCACAUGAACGUCAGAUUUUGUUGUAUUCAGCUACAUUUCCUCUGACUGUGAAACAAUUUAUGGAGAAACACUUGAGAGAUCCAUAUGAGAUUAAUUUAAUGGAAGAGUUGACUUUAAAAGGCGUAACACAAUAUUACGCUUUUGUACAGGAACGACAAAAAGUUCACUGCCUUAACACGUUAUUCUCGAAAUUGCAAAUAACGCAAAGCAUAAUCUUCUGCAAUUCGACGCAACGCGUAGAAUUAUUGGCUAAAAAAAUAACAGAUCUUGGAUAUUGCUGUUAUUAUAUACACGCGAAAAUGGCGCAGGCGCACCGCAAUCGUGUGUUUCAUGAUUUCCGUGCAGGAUUAUGCCGAAAUCUCGUGAGCAGUGAUCUAUUUACCCGCGGUAUUGAUGUUCAAGCUGUGAAUGUCGUAAUUAAUUUCGACUUUCCGAAAAUGGCAGAGACAUAUCUGCAUAGAAUCGGCCGAUCUGGAAGAUUUGGCCACUUAGGUAUAGCAAUUAACCUAAUCACGUACGAGGAUCGCUUCAAUUUACACCGUAUCGAACAAGAGCUUGGAACAGAAAUUAAACCUAUCCCAAAGGUGAUAGAUCCUAGUUUGUAUGUAGCGAGACCAGAAGACAAUAAUAGUAUGGAAGAAGGUAACGUGUCCAAGUAGUUUCGAUACUCUGUUGCAAAUGAAGCUUUACAAAAAGCGCUCAAAAAGUUUUAAGUGAGAAGAAUGUGUGAUCGUGAUUCAUUUAUGUAAAGCAUACAUAGUUAUGCUUCAAACUCAAUGGAAAGAGUGAACUUAGUUUGAAAGUGAAAUUUGUCACAGUGAAGGGGUGAAAGACAAAACAGUGUAUUAAAGACAAAACAGUGCUGCAAACGAUUUAAAUAAAGAAGUGCUCUGUACAAACAGAAAUUGAAAACUUCAAUUAUCAUUGUAUUAAACAAGAAAAGGAUGAAAGUUUACUUGUAAAUAAAACAUACUAAGCAUGCGUAAUAAGUGAGCUGAGUGAUUGAAGCGACGUGCGAAUGUUGGUGUGAGUCAUUUCUUUGUAUAUAAAUACAUUUAAAUGUACAUAAGCUAAAACAAAUCAGAGUCAAGCCAUUAUCAAGAUGCACAAUAUGUAAACAAAUAUGUGAAUAACAUAAUAAUCAAUCAUUGCAUUUUAUCAUAAUUGUAAAUACUACAUGCGAAUACACACAACAUCGUUUUAAUAGAAGAUUUUUAUACAACAGCUUCA